UUCAAUAAACUUAUAUCUAAACUUCAUUUACAAAUAAGAAAAUUCAGACAAGCCAACGAAAAUUUGUAGUAAAAUGAAUCGGCAAAGAAUCAUCUACACGGAUAUAGCGAUCGUUAGCAAGGCUAUGAGGGCCAUGGGAAAGCCAGUAACCGUUGAGGAGAUCGCCGAUCACUUGACCAAGUUAUUGUGUAAAACUGAUUGCGGACUUGAGGAGGAUAUUAAAAUGGUGCUGGAGAACUACCAACCCUUGGGAUACUUCCAACGGAAAGGUGAUCUGUACAGCCUUCCUGCCGAGUUAUUGGCCAUAAUGAACGAACUGGAACGCGAAAAGAAACGCCAAACUGUAGCUUCCCAAAAUGUAGUAGCAAAGCCCCAGGAACCAGAUGAAGUAUAUGCCCGCGCAUCUCACAUGGAUGUUUCCAAGUCCUUGACCUAUCCAUACUUGUAUCGUUUUAGCUAGGCCAAAUUUGGCUACAACCGAUCAAUAUUUGCGAUGUCUUUUGCUAACAUUUAUCAUUGAUUUUAAUAAAAACCUUUACUGAAUGUAA